CUUUGCCAUUUUCUUCGAGGGAGCUCGAUGAAGAAAGAACAACAAAAGAGAAACAGCAAGCAGCUUCUUCCCCCCAUGCUGUUUUGCAGAACGAACAAAUGGUUCUUUAGGCAAUCAGAAUCCAAAUAAAGCAUCCCUGCAGCAGGCAAUUUCAUGAGAGGACCAUGCAGCCGCUCAAUUUGUCAAGCAGUAGUAGCAGCAGAUCCACCAAAUCAUCCGUGCCUUUCUUUGGACUUGUUGUAGCUGUUCUGCUCUAUUUUGCAUCUCCAACAAGGUCCUGCACGGAGCAGGACAGGAGCUCCCUCAUCGAGUUCCUAGGUGGGCUCGUGCCAGGCCGCAACGGCAGUCUCAACGUGUCGUGGGUGAAUGGCACAGACUGCUGCAAAUGGGAAGGAAUCCUCUGCAGCAGUGAUGGUACAGUCACAGAUGUCUUGCUGGCUUCCAAAGGUCUCAAAGGGGGCAUCUCGCCAUCCCUCGGAAAUCUUACUGGCCUGCUGCACCUCAACCUGUCCCAUAAUUCGCUCGACGGCAGUCUACCGAUGGAGUUGGUGUUCUCCAGAAGCAUUCUCGUCCUCGAUGUCAGCUUCAACCGCCUUGAUGGUCAUCUGCAAGAGAUGCAAUCCUCAAAUCCUGCCCUUCCUCUCCAGGUGCUGAAUAUCUCAAGCAACUUGUUUACAGGGCAGUUUCCAUCUGGAACAUGGGAAGCGAUGAAGAAUCUGGUUGCUUUUAAUGCAAGCAACAACAGCUUUACAGGGCAAAUACCAUCUGCUAUCUGCAUGUACGCCCCAUCAUUAACCAUGCUUGACCUUUGUUACAACAAAUUCAGUGGCAACAUCUCCCAAGGGCUUGGAAGUUGCUCCAUGCUGAGAGUGCUAAAGGCUGGCCACAACAACCUUAGCGGAGUUCUCCCUGACGAACUCUUCAAUGCUACCUCAUUGGAGCAGCUCUCUUUACCCAACAAUGUCUUGCAAGGAGUUCUUGAUGGUUCCAACAUAGUCAAAUUAAGCAGUCUGACUGUCCUUAAUCUUGGAUCGACUGGUCUCAGUGGCACGAUUCCAGAUUCUAUCGGCCAGCUAAGAAGAUUGGAGGAGCUCUACUUGGACAAUAACCAUAUGUCUGGUGAGCUGCCAGCAGCCCUAGGUAACUGUGCAAAUCUCAGAUACAUUACCCUUAGAAACAACAGCUUUACCGGGGAACUCAGCAAAGUAAACUUCACCAUGUUGGACCUGAGAAUCGCUGAUUUUUCAAUAAACAAGUUCACUGGUACAAUUCCUGAAAGUAUCUACUCAUGCAGCAAUCUAAUUGCUUUACGUCUGGCUUACAACAGCUUUCAUGGUCAGUUCUCACCAAGAAUGGGCAAUCUGAAGUCCCUCUCCUUCCUUUCAAUUACAGACAACUCUUUUACGAAUAUCACAAAUGCACUUCAGAUGCUCAAGAGCUGCAAGAACCUCACCUCCCUGCUUAUUGGAACCAACUUCAAGGGUGAAACCAUACCGCAGGAUGAAACAAUUGAUGGUUUUGAGAAUCUUGAGGUACUGUCAAUAGAUGCUUGCCCAUUGGUUGGGACAAUCCCUCUUUGGCUAUCAAAGCUCAAAAGAGUGGAGAUGCUAGAUUUAUCACUUAAUCAACUGACCGGACCAAUACCAUCCUGGAUUAAUGUACUGGAUUUCCUAUUCUUUCUGGACUUAUCAAGCAACAGACUUACAGGGAAUAUCCCAACUGAACUGACGAAGAUGCCAAUGCUACUAUCAGAGAAGAAUGCUGCCAAGCUGGACACAAAGUUCCUUGAGUUGCCUGUAUUUUGGACACCAUCACGUCAAUACCGCAUGGUCAGUGCUUUUCCCAUCAGAUUGAGUCUUGGAGACAAUAACUUCACCGGUGUAAUCCCCCCUGCAAUUGGCCAGUUAAAAAUGCUUGAUGUCCUCAAUUUAAGCUCCAAUAGCUUAACUGGUGAAAUACCGCAAGAAAUCUGCAACCUCACAAACCUGCAAAUACUUGACUUGUCAAACAACCAGCUCACAGGUGUAAUACCGUCUGCAUUGAGUGAUCUGCACUUCCUUUCUUGGUUUAAUGUCUCUGACAACAGACUAGAAGGGCCAGUUCCAGGUGGAGGACAGUUUGAUAGUUUUUCAAAUUCUAGCUACAGUGGGAAUCCAAAUCUAUGCGGGCUUAUGCUCAGCAACCGCUGCAAAUCAAGAGAAGCAUCUUCAGCCUCCACAAAUCGGUGGAAUAAGAACAAGGCCAUUAUUGCACUUGCAUUAGGUGUAUUUUUUGGAGGGCUUUGCAUCCUGUUGCUGUUUGGACGACUUCUUAUGUCCCUCAGAAGAACAAACUCUGUCCACCAAAACAAGAGCAGCAACGAUGGCGACAUAGAAACAACAUCAUUCAGCUCUACCUCAGACAGGUUGUGCAAUGUGAUCAAAGGAAGUAUUCUGAUGAUGGUACCGCGUGGCAAGGGAGAAUCGGACAAAAUCACCUUCAGUGAUAUCGUAAAGGCCACAAACAACUUUGACCAGCAGAACAUUAUCGGAUGUGGAGGUAACGGUCUAGUUUACAAGGCUGAGCUAACCAAUGGACCCAAGCUUGCCAUCAAGAAGCUCAAUGGUGAAAUGUGUCUAAUGGAAAGAGAAUUCACUGCAGAGGUUGAAGCACUCACUGUGGCACAACAUGACAACCUCGUGCCUCUAUGGGGUUACUGCAUCCAGGGAAACUCAAGGCUCCUCAUAUACUCUUACAUGGAAAAUGGGAGCUUGGAUGAUUGGCUUCACAACAAGGACAACGCCAACUCAUUGCUUGACUGGCCAACAAGGCUCAGGAUUGCACAAGGAGCAAGCCGGGGCCUUUCUUACAUCCACAAUAUUUGCAAGCCUCACAUUGUGCAUCGUGAUAUCAAGUCCAGCAAUAUUCUUCUGGACAGAGAAUUCAAAGCAUAUGUUGCAGACUUUGGCCUUGCCAGAUUGAUCCUUCCCUAUAACACACAUGUCACAACUGAGCUAGUUGGCACUCUGGGUUACAUUCCUCCGGAGUAUGGACAGGCAUGGGUGGCUACACUGAGGGGAGAUAUAUACAGUUUUGGAGUGGUGUUGCUUGAACUGCUCACUGGGAAGAGGCCUGUUCAGGUCUUGUCCAAAUCAAAGGAACUUGUCCAAUGGGUACGUGAGAUGAGGUCUCAGGGAAAACAGAUCGAGGUACUAGAUCCAGCACUGAGAGAAAGAGGGCAUGAAGAACAAAUGCUGAAGGUGCUUGAAGUUGCUUGCAAGUGUAUCAACCAUAAUCCUUGCAUGAGGCCAAAUAUUCAAGAUGUGGUCACCUGCCUGGACAAUGCAGAUGUGAACCUGCAGGUGGAGAUGUAGUCAAAGGAGAACAGACCACUAGGAAGUAAUCCUGUAUUUCACCAGACUAGAUGUAACUUCAUUAGAAGGUUUUCUAACAAAUUGUACAGUCUUGUGUGUAGUGUACAUCCCUGUAAAGGAAAGGCCCGUAGUCAUGAGCCUCUGUAUUCAGUAUUGCAUGUUUUGUGUGUGGAAGCAUUUCAGCUCCAGACUCAAUUCCAUGAUUGCAGAAAGUGGGUAGAAAGCUGUUAUUAAAUUCAUAUUCAUUAA